AUGGCUACCCUCGAAGACUCCACCUCCUCCUCCUUGGCCCAGCAGUUGAUGGCUAGACACCAAAUUGCCGACGAAGCUUCUGCUAUCGACUCGGCUGCCAUCGAUUCUGUUCCCGAGUCUUCUGACGCUGAAAGCUCACCUUCUGUUGAAUCCGAUCUCCACUCGGAAGCUAAUGAAGAGUCUGUCCCUGUUUCUUCUGACGGCGAGUCUCCCGAGCCUGCCCCUGAUGCUGAUGCUGAAUCUGACGAGGUCCCCGAUGAUUCCGCCGAUGCUACUCCCGUUUCUGCUUCAGCUGCUGCCUCUAAGCCCAAGUCUAAGAAGAAGACUAACAAAAUUGACGUUUCUUCCUUUGAUGCUUUCCCCAAGCUUGGUGGCUCUGCUCCCGUUGUUGCAAACACCUCUUGGGGUAAGGGCCCUGCCAUUAAGCCCAUCCGUGCCACCGGCUCUGCUUCUCCUAAGCCUCAUUCUCAGGUUAUUCGUGCUCCUCCCAAGGCCCAUGUUGUCACUGAUAAUUUCACUCUUUCUGUGGAGGAGCGUAGUCCCAGAGCUAAGAACAUUCCUGCUGAUGUCCUCAACAGAGCCAUUAACAAGAACAAUGUUACUAUCAAUUGCUCGACCUCUAAGCAGACUGGCGCUUCUACCUUUAUCAUUAAGGGUAAGGCUGAGAAUGUUCAGCAAGCUCGCCGUGAUCUUCUUAGAGACUUGACUGUCCACAUUUCUGAGACUAUUUUGGUCCCUGCUUCUUCCCGUUCUUCCAUUAUUGGUCCUAAGGGCUCUAACCUCCGUCCCAUCAUUACUAAGAGUGGUACUCAAAUUCAGGUCUCUAAGCAGGACGAGGUCCCCGUUGUUGACGAUGAGGAUGAUGAGCCUGUUGUUGAGGUUAUUAUCGAGGGUGAUCGCGAGGGUGUUGAGAUUGCCAAGAAGGAGAUUUUUGCUAUUGUCAACUCUCGUGUCCGCAAGGCCAAGAUGAAGAUUAACAAUGUUCCUUCUAAGGUUUACCCCGCUCUUGCCGGUGUCAACAAUGCUACUAUUGCCGAGCUUGAAAAGACUCAUGGUGUUAAGAUUGAUGUUCCUGACCACUUUUACUUGGCCCCCCAAAACCUCCAGGUCCCAAUUGUUAUUUCUGGUGAGCGUAAUGCUGUCAUUGAGGUUAAGGCUCAGCUCGAGGCUUUGGCUCAAAACAUUUUGUCUUCUUCUGCUUCCUUUAUGAAGAACAUUUCAAAGGCCCACCAGCUUUUUAUUUCUCCCAAUGACGUCUUUGUUAAGACUGGUGUUGUUGUCAGCCCCACUGCUAACCCUGAACAAUGGGAGCUCUUUGGUCAUGCCUCGCAGGUUGAGGCUGCUAAUCUCUUUGUCUCCGAGGCUGGCAAGAACAUUCAACAAACCAACCUUAUUAUUUCAAAGGCCCAUGACGGUAACAUCAAGCACAGUCAAAUUUUGACUCUUUACUUUAAGAAUUCUGAUAAGCUUAAGGCUCUUGAGGAGAAGAACAGUGUUAUUAUCACCACCCCUAGUGAUGAUGAACUCUACGACCCUGAAACUAAGGUGGUUGCCCUUUCCAUCAAUGGCAAUGUUACUGAUAAUAUUCAGGAAACCCGCAAGGAGCUUGUUAACCUUGUUAACAAGUACUCUCCCAGCCGUAUUAUGUUGAUCAAUGACAUUGAUCCCUUUUUCUUCAAGACUUUGACUCCCAAGAGCAAACACAUUCUUACCAUUAAGAAUGAGCACCACGUUGAGACGUUUGUCCCUGAGCCUAGCAGAUCUGCCUUUGGCAUUGUUCUUGUCUACGAGGGUGAUGCCAACCUUUCUGAGGAUGACUUUGCUCCUGGUGUUUCCGAGAUCAAGGAACACCUUUUGGCUUCUUCCAAGGUUUUGGAUGAUCUUCGUGCUCAUCAAAAGGAUAUUGUCACUUCAAUUUUGAGUGUUCCUGUUGAAGACCAGAAGUACAUUUUGGGUCCUAACGGCACUACUUUGAGUGUUAUUCUCAAGGGUGUUGAGCACGAGGCUCCUGUUUAUGUUCACUUUGGUAAUGAUGAGCGCCCCGAGGGUGCCGAUGCUUCUGUUGAGCUUACUCCUGAAUCUGUUUACGUUCGUGGUCUCUCCAAGCAAGUUAAGUACGUUAUCAAGGAGAUUGAAGAGGCUGUUGAGACUGGCCGCAACUACGAGGUUUUGAGCAGCUACACUACUCAGUUCCAAUUCCCCAAGGAGCACGUUAACAAACUCAUUGGCAAGGGUGGUUCUAACCUUUCUAAGCUCCGUGAUGAGUUUGGAGUUAAGAUUGAUGUUGAUCCUGAAGGACAGGGUGUCAUUAAGGGCAUUAAGAAGAAUGCUGAUGAGGCUAAGCUUCGUAUUCACAAUAUGGGCAAGAGAUGGGCUGAUGAAGUUACUCUUCGCCUCAGCAUCCCCAACGAGUACCAUGCCACUUUGAUUGGUACUGGCGGCAAGUUUGUUAAGAGACUUGAGGAAAAGUAUGAUGUCUUUAUUAAGUUCCCUCGCGGAAACAGCGGCAGCAAUGGCGAUAAUGACGACUCUGCCCGUGACAGACCUUCCAAUCAAGAUGAGGUUGUUGUUCGCGGUCCCUCGCGUGGUGCUGAAAAGGCCAAGGAUGAGAUUUUGGAGCUUGUCCAGUAUGAAAAGGACAAUUCUAACAGUGAUAUUGUCUACGUUCCUGCUAAGGCUCUUUCACGCAUUAUUGGCCGCAAUGGCGAGUUUAUUAAUGACAUUAAGGAUACCACUAAUACUCGCAUUGACGUUGGCGAAAGAGAGAGCGCAGGCGCUGCUGACGCCAAGGUUGCCAUUACCAUUGUUGGUACCAAGAGCGGCAUCAAGCAGGCUAUUGAACGCAUUAAUGAAGUUGUCAAGGAGAUUGAGGACACUGUUACUGAGGAGAUUGAAGUUGAUCCCAAGUACCACCGUUACCUUAUUGGUGCCAAUGGUUCUGCCAUGCGUGAAAUCAUUACCAAGGCUGGUGAGACCUUUAAUCCUCGUUUGAUUCAGGUUCCACAGGCUGGCAGCGGCAGCAGCAAGAUUAAGGUUCACGGCAAGAAGAAGGUUGUGAAUAAGAUUAUUAGCAUUAUCAAUAGCAUUGUUGAGGAGCGCGAGAACCAGGUUGAACUUCUUGUUCCCAUUUCCGUUGAACGUCACGGUGCCAUUAUUGGUCCUGGUGGUCAAAGCAAGAAGGAGAUUGAGACUGAAUUUAACGUUUCGAUCAAUGUUCCUUAUCAGGGCAGCAAGAAUGCUAAGGGCGAUCUUGACCGCAAUAUCCGUGUUGUAGGCACCAAGGAGAAUGUUGAGAAGGCCAAGGCUAAAAUUUUGGAGAUUGCAGCUGACGAUGCUAAGGUUGAUGUUCCCAUUGAGUACAAUAACUUAGUUUUUGACUCUGGCAUGUUGAUUAAGAAGCUUCGCAGUGACUUUGAUGUCCGCGUUGACUUGGGACGUACCACCUUUUCCAAGGAUACUAUUUCCAAGAUUCCUGAGGAUGCCAUUGGUGAGGCUUUGAUUACUGAUGACGAUCUUUCAGCCAAGUUUAAGUGGACUACUGUUUCUGAGGAAGCUGCGACUCCUGUGACUGGUAAGGCUGCAGGCAGCGUGAUUACUUGGAGAUUUAAGGGCAAUGCUGAAAAUACCAAGAAGGCUAAGGCUGUUGUUGAGAAGGCUCUUGAGAGAGUUAAGAAGUACGACACUACUGGUUACUUGUGGCUCGCCGACUCAUCCAAAUACCGUUUGGUGAUUGGACCUUCUGGUAGCACCAUUAAUAACAUUCGUGAGGAGUCUGAGUGCUCUGUAGCCAUUCCUAAGAAUGGAGCCAAGAAGAAUGAGAAUGUUAUUGUUAUUCGUGGUGAGAAGAGCAACACUGAGAAGGCUCUUGGCUUGAUUUUGGAUAUUGUCAAGGCCAAUUAA